AUGGCAUCUCCCUCAACCGCGUCGCAAACGACCAACGGUAUCCUCAUCCUAUGGGGAUCUGUUGACUCUGCCACAGUUGAUCAAGAUGCACUGAACGAUUGGUGGACCAACGAGCACCUGCCCGAGCGUGUAUGCCUCCCGGGCUUCCAACGCGCGCGCCGUUACCGCGCCCAAAACCCCAGCGAUGGCCUGGACAACUAUCUAGCCUUGUACGAGACUUCACGCGUCCAAGAUCUCGCAUCUACCGAGUACCUGUAUGCGCUCAACCACCCGACGAAGAGGACAGUUCAGUUCAUGCCAUGUCUGGCGCAGAUGAGCCGCUUCGCGUGCGAGAGGAUCUGGUCGAAUCCCUCAUCGAUCUCGAAACCUGAUCAUGCGACCAGCGACAACGGGUGGCUUGUGAUGCUGGUGUUUGAGGUCGCUAAUGCUACCGAUGAUCCAAUCUCUCGUAUUGAUGACUGCCUCAGGCGCGAAGAGCAUGGCGCGUUAGCGGAAACAACGCAUACUCAGAUCGCAAAAGUAAAUGCAGAUAUUACAAGAGUAGGAACGACGAGCAAGUCUUACGACGAUGUCCAGUUCAACAACUCGGGUGUUGACGAUGGCACAAAGCCGGCUGACACCUUCAUUGCAUUACUCGAGUUUGAGCGCAGUGCUGACGGCCCAGGACCUAUCCAGGUUCCAAGCAAUAAAUGGCUUGCGUCUCUCACCACCAUCUUGACAGCCGCCGGGCUACACAUUCAAUACCUCAACACCUACACGCUCUUAGCCUCGCUCGCCAAAAACCAGAUCGCGUGCUGA